AUGGCGAUGCUGCCUCCCCCGGGUCCGCAGAGCUUUGUCUACUUCACCAAACAGUCUCUCGCCCUCAUUGAGCAGCGCAUUUCAGAAGGAAAAGCCAAGGAACACAAAGACGAAAAGAAAGAAGAUGAUGAAGAAGGUCCCAAGCCCAGCAGCGACUUGGAAGCUGGUAAACAGCUGCCCUUCAUCUAUGGAGACAUUCCCCCUGGGAUGGUGUCGGAGCCCCUGGAGGACCUGGACCCGUACUACGCAGACAAGAAAACUUUUAUAGUAUUGAACAAAGGAAAAGCGAUCUUCCGCUUCAAUGCCACUCCUGCAUUGUACAUGCUGUCACCCUUCAGUCCUCUAAGAAGAAUAUCUAUUAAGAUUUUAGUACAUUCCUUAUUCAGCAUGCUGAUCAUGUGCACAAUUCUGACGAACUGCAUAUUCAUGACCAUGAGCAACCCUCCAGAAUGGACCAAAAAUGUAGAAUACACUUUUACUGGAAUAUAUACUUUUGAAUCACUCAUAAAAAUCCUUGCAAGAGGCUUUUGCGUGGGAGAAUUCACCUUCCUUCGUGACCCUUGGAACUGGCUGGAUUUCAUUGUCAUUGUUUUCGCGUAUUUAACAGAAUUUGUAAACCUAGGCAAUGUUUCAGCUCUUCGAACUUUCAGAGUCUUGAGAGCUUUGAAAACUAUUUCUGUAAUCCCAGGACUGAAGACCAUCGUGGGGGCCCUGAUCCAGUCGGUGAAGAAGCUGUCUGACGUCAUGAUCCUCACGGUGUUCUGUCUCAGUGUCUUUGCAUUAAUUGGACUACAGCUGUUUAUGGGAAACCUAAAGCAUAAAUGUUUCAGGAAGGAACUAGAAGAGAAUGAAACAUUAGAAAGCAUCAUGAAUACCGUUGAGAGUGAAGAAGAACUGAAAAGAUAUUUUUAUUACUUGGAGGGAACCAAAGAUGCUCUCCUUUGUGGCUUCAGCACAGAUUCUGGCCAGUGUCCAGAAGGAUACUACUGUGUGAAGGCUGGCAGAAAUCCCGAUUAUGGCUACACGAGCUUUGAUACUUUCAGCUGGGCCUUCUUGGCCUUGUUUCGGCUAAUGACUCAGGAUUACUGGGAGAACCUUUACCAGCAGACUCUACGUGCUGCUGGCAAAACCUACAUGAUUUUCUUUGUCGUGGUGAUCUUCCUGGGUUCCUUUUACCUGAUAAACUUGAUCCUGGCUGUGGUAGCCAUGGCGUAUGAGGAACAGAACCAGGCCAAUAUCGAAGAAGCUAAACAGAAAGAAUUAGAAUUUCAGCAGAUGUUAGACCGACUCAAGAAAGAGCAGGAAGAAGCCGAGGCCAUCGCUGCAGCUGCAGCCGAGUACACGAGUAUUGGGCGGAGCAGGAUGACGGGUCUUUCAGAGAGCUCUUCAGAAACCUCCCGGCUGAGCUCCAAGAGUGCCAAGGAGAGACGAAACAGAAGAAAGAAAAAGAACCAGAAGAAGAUCUCCAGUGGUGAGGAAAAGGGCGACGAUGAGAAACUAUCCAAAUCGGGAUCGGAGGAAAGCAUCCGAAAGAAAAGCUUCCACCUCGGCGUGGAAGGACAUCACCGCUCCCGGGAGAAGAGGCUGUCCACCCCUAACCAGUCACCACUCAGCAUUCGCGGCUCCUUAUUUUCUGCAAGGCGCAGCAGCCGAACGAGUCUCUUCAGUUUCAAAGGUCGAGGAAGAGAUCUCGGAUCGGAGACAGAGUUCGCUGAUGACGAGCAUAGCAUUUUCGGAGACAACGAGAGCAGACGGGGUUCGCUAUUUGUGCCUCACAGGCCUCGGGAGCGACGAAGCAGUAACAUCAGCCAGGCCAGUAGGUCCCCACAAAUGCUGUCGGUGAACGGAAAGAUGCACAGUGCGGUGGACUGCAAUGGCGUGGUGUCGCUUGUUGACGGACCUACAGCCCUCAUGGUCCCCAAUGGACAGCUUCUUCCAGAGGUGAUAAUAGAUAAGGCAACUUCCGACGACAGCGGCACAACCAAUCAAAUGCGCAAGAAAAGACUUUCCAGUUCUUAUUUCCUGUCUGAGGAUAUGCUGAAUGACCCGCAUCUCAGGCAGAGAGCCAUGAGCAGAGCAAGCAUUCUAACCAACACUGUAGAAGAACUUGAAGAGUCUAGACAAAAAUGUCCACCAUGGUGGUACAGAUUUGCUCACACAUUUUUGAUCUGGAAUUGCUCUCCAUAUUGGAUAAAAUUCAAGAAGUUCAUCCAUUUUAUUGUUAUGGAUCCUUUUGUAGAUCUUGCAAUUACCAUUUGCAUAGUUCUAAACACAUUGUUUAUGGCUAUGGAGCACCACCCAAUGACUGACGAAUUCAAAAAUGUACUUGCCGUGGGGAAUCUGAUCUUCACAGGGAUCUUUGCAGCUGAAAUGGUACUGAAGUUAAUAGCCAUGGAUCCUUAUGAGUAUUUCCAAGUAGGGUGGAAUAUUUUUGACAGCCUAAUUGUGACGUUGAGUUUGGUAGAGCUUUUCCUCGCAGAUGUGGAAGGAUUAUCAGUCCUGCGAUCAUUCCGACUGCUCCGAGUCUUCAAGUUGGCAAAAUCCUGGCCCACACUGAAUAUGCUCAUCAAGAUCAUUGGCAACUCGGUGGGCGCCCUGGGCAACCUGACCCUGGUGUUGGCCAUCAUUGUCUUCAUCUUCGCCGUGGUCGGCAUGCAGCUGUUUGGGAAGAGCUACAAGGAGUGCGUCUGCAAGAUCAACGAGGACUGCAAACUCCCGCGCUGGCACAUGAACGACUUCUUCCACUCCUUCCUGAUCGUGUUCCGGGUGCUGUGUGGCGAGUGGAUAGAGACCAUGUGGGAUUGCAUGGAGGUCGCGGGCCAGACCAUGUGCCUUAUUGUGUUCAUGAUGGUCAUGGUGAUUGGCAACCUCGUGGUCCUGAACCUGUUUCUGGCUUUAUUACUGAGUUCCUUUAGUUCUGACAAUCUUACAGCAAUUGAAGAAGACACCGAUGCAAACAACCUCCAGAUUGCAGUGGCCAGGAUCAAAAGAGGAAUAAAUUAUGUGAAACGGACCUUACGUGAAUUUCUCCUAAAAUCGUUUUCCAAAAAACCAAAGGGUUCCAAGGACACAAAGCGAGCAGUAGAUCCAAACAACAGAAAAGAAAACUAUAUCUCAAAUCGGACACUCGCGGAGAUGAGCAAAGAUCACAAUUUCCACAAAGAAAAGGAUAAACUGAGUGGUUUUGGGAGCAGUAUAGACAAAAGCUUUGUGGAUGACAAUGAUUACCAGUCCUUUAUUCAUAAUCCCAGCCUCACAGUGACUGUGCCAAUUGCACCUGGGGAAUCUGAUUUGGAAAACAUGAACACUGAAGAGCUUAGUAGUGACUCAGAUAGCGACUACAGCAAAGAGAGACGGAACCGAUCCAGUUCCUCUGAGUGCAGCACAGUCGAUAACCCUCUGCCAGGAGAAGGAGAAGAAGCAGAAGCUGAGCCUGUAAAUCCAGAUGAGCCGGAGGCAUGUUUUACGGAUGGUUGUGUGCGGAGAUUUCCAUGCUGCCAAGUGAAUGUAGACUCUGGGAAAGGGAAAGUCUGGUGGACCAUCCGGAAGACCUGCUACAGGAUAGUUGAACACAGCUGGUUCGAAAGCUUUAUCGUUCUCAUGAUCCUGCUCAGCAGCGGAGCUCUGGCCUUUGAAGAUAUAUACAUUGAAAAGAAAAAGACCAUUAAGAUUAUUUUGGAGUAUGCUGACAAGAUAUUCACUUACAUCUUCAUCCUGGAGAUGCUUCUCAAGUGGGUGGCCUAUGGCUAUAAAACAUAUUUCACCAAUGCCUGGUGCUGGCUGGACUUCUUAAUUGUUGAUGUAUCUCUGGUUACUUUAGUAGCCAACACUCUUGGCUACUCAGACCUUGGCCCCAUUAAAUCCCUGAGAACACUGAGGGCUCUAAGACCCCUGAGAGCCUUGUCUAGAUUUGAAGGAAUGAGGGUGGUGGUCAAUGCACUCAUAGGAGCAAUCCCUUCCAUCAUGAAUGUGCUUCUCGUAUGUCUUAUAUUCUGGCUAAUAUUUAGCAUCAUGGGAGUCAAUCUGUUUGCUGGCAAGUUCUAUGAGUGCAUUAACACUACGGAUGGCUCACGAUUUCCCACAGCUCAAGUUGCAAACCGCUCUGAGUGCUUUGCCCUUAUGAAUGCCAGUGGAAAUGUCCGAUGGAAAAAUCUGAAAGUGAACUUUGAUAAUGUUGGGCUCGGCUACCUGUCUCUGCUUCAAGUUGCCACAUUCAAAGGCUGGAUGGAUAUUAUGUAUGCUGCUGUUGACUCUGUUAAUGUAAAUGAGCAGCCGAAAUAUGAAUACAACCUCUACAUGUAUAUUUAUUUUGUCAUCUUUAUCAUCUUUGGGUCGUUCUUCACUUUGAAUCUGUUCAUUGGUGUCAUCAUAGACAAUUUCAACCAACAGAAAAAGAAGCUUGGAGGUCAGGACAUCUUUAUGACGGAAGAACAGAAGAAGUAUUACAAUGCAAUGAAGAAGCUGGGAUCCAAGAAACCACAAAAGCCAAUUCCUAGGCCAGGGAACAAAUUCCAAGGAUGUAUAUUUGACUUGGUGACAAACCAAGCUUUUGAUAUCACCAUCAUGGUCCUCAUUUGCCUCAACAUGGUAACCAUGAUGGUAGAAAAAGAAGGGCAGGGUGAUUACAUGACUGAUGUUUUGUACUGGAUCAACGUGGUCUUCAUUAUCCUGUUCACUGGGGAGUGUGUGCUGAAGCUCAUCUCCCUCCGACAUUACUACUUCACUGUGGGCUGGAACAUUUUUGAUUUUGUGGUGGUGAUCCUCUCCAUUGUAGGAAUGUUUCUCGCCGACAUGAUAGAGAAGUACUUUGUGUCCCCUACCCUUUUCCGAGUCAUCCGCCUGGCCAGGAUUGGCCGAAUCCUACGCCUGAUCAAAGGCGCCAAGGGCAUCCGCACCCUGCUCUUCGCUCUGAUGAUGUCCCUUCCCGCGCUCUUCAACAUCGGCCUCCUGCUUUUCCUGGUCAUGUUCAUCUACGCCAUCUUUGGGAUGUCCAACUUUGCCUACGUUAAAAAGGAAGCUGGCAUUAACGACAUGUUCAACUUUGAGACCUUUGGCAACAGCAUGAUCUGCCUGUUUCAAAUCACCACCUCGGCAGGCUGGGACGGACUGCUGGCCCCCAUCCUCAAUAGUGCACCUCCCGACUGUGAUCCCAAAAAAAUUCAUCCAGGAAGUUCAGUGGAAGGGGAUUGUGGGAACCCAUCUGUGGGGAUUUUCUACUUUGUCAGCUACAUCAUCAUAUCCUUCCUGGUUGUGGUGAACAUGUACAUCGCUGUCAUCCUGGAGAACUUCAGCGUCGCCACAGAAGAAAGUACUGAACCCCUGAGUGAGGAUGACUUUGAGAUGUUCUAUGAGGUCUGGGAGAAGUUCGACCCCGAUGCCACUCAGUUCAUUGAGUUCUGCAAGCUCUCUGACUUUGCGGCUGCCCUGGAUCCUCCCCUUCUCAUAGCAAAGCCAAACAAAGUCCAGCUCAUUGCCAUGGAUCUGCCCAUGGUGAGCGGAGACCGCAUCCACUGCCUGGACAUCCUAUUUGCUUUUACAAAGAGGGUUUUGGGGGAGAGUGGAGAGAUGGAUUCUCUUCGUUCACAGAUGGAAGAAAGGUUUAUGUCCGCAAAUCCUUCUAAAGUGUCCUAUGAACCCAUCACAACCACACUAAAACGAAAACAAGAGGAUGUAUCUGCUACUAUCAUUCAGCGAGCUUACAGAAGGUACCGCCUUCGGCAAAACGUCAAGAAUAUAUCAAGUAUAUACAUAAAAGAUGGAGACAGGGAUGACGACUUGCCCAAUAAAGAAGAUAUAGUUUUUGAUAAUGUUAUUGAGAACUCAAGUCCAGAAAAGACAGAUGCAACUGCCUCUGCCAUCUCUCCACCUUCCUAUGACAGUGUCACUAAGCCAGAUCAAGAGAAAUAUGAGACAGACAAAACAGAGAAGGAAGACAAAGGCAAAGAUGGGAAAGAAGGCGGCGAAUAG